UCGGCAGGGACUUGUGUGCAGAUAUUACUUCUCCAUCAGCCUUGAUGCCAGUCCCGGCCCCGUACUCGAGUUGAACGCCUCGCCGCAAGACCCUCGACUCCGAGGUCUUGGGCGGAGUUUGUCAUCCGGACGUAAUGAACUAUCGCACUGGCCACGGAAUGCUUGCUAUUUCCGCUUGAACCCUGUGCUGUGUAGCGUACAAAAUAUAGUUCUAUGGCUUGCAUCGCAUCUCCAGGGUUCCGGGGGAAGAAAGGGAUGAUGGACAGCUGUCUGCACUGGGUAUGCCAUCUCGAAAUCCAGCAGAUCCUAAGUAAGUUGCUUUGUCGCAGAGUGUUUCGGCAACGUGUGCUCGAUCGAGUAAGAGCCAGGAAGUCCGCUAGAUCGAUGCAUACAGUUCGUUACGUGUAAAGAGAGGUCGUACAGACAAGCGUCCGCAAUGGCAAGGGGCGUCGACAAAAUGGUUGCUUGUGUCUGAUUCACUAUCCCGCCCCGUGCAAUAGCAACCGGGGAUAAUUCUCCCAACCUCGUGUGCUAGAGGAAAAAAUGAUUGG